UCACUACACCUAAAUAUCAACAAAAAUAGAAAACGUGCACCAUCAUAUCUCAAUCCAAUUCGUCUAUAAACUAUCAUUCUUCUCAUCACACUACAAUUCAUCAGAUCUGCAUUCUCUGCAACUAGUGAUCUGUUCUUAAUUCACCAAAAAUAAAAAUAAAAAACAAUAUUUUCUUCAAUGGCUGCUGCUUCUUGCACUUACUCUCCUAUAAGUCGUCGUUAUCCUUCCAUUUUAACACCAUCUAUGGCUCAACGACACCUUAAAACUACCUAUGAUUUAUCUUUUCGGGUCCCAAAUAAUCGGUCUCCUCUGCCGGCCCUCUCCAUGCGCCAAGAAUCUGCUGUUUUGGAAGUAACACCAGGGUCAUGGAACCCAUCAAUAUUAAAAAGUGAAACUCCAGUGCUGGUUGAGUUCUACACCAGUUGGUGUGAACCAUGUCAGAUGGUGCACAAACUGCUCGAUGAGAUCGCCAGUGAUUAUCCCGGGCAGCUAGAGCGUGUUGAAGUCAAUGUUGAGCAGGAGCCUCGAGUCGCGGAGGAAUAUGGUAUCAAGGCUGUGCCUAUUGUUGUGCUGUUCAAAAACGGUGAGAAACGUGAGUCUGUUGUUGGCACCAUGCCUAAAGACUUUUUUGUGGCAGCCAUUGAACGAGUCUUGGCUAGUUAGUUAAUCUAUUGUAAAUUAGUGCACGGGCGGACCUAGGUUAUGGGCACGUCAAUAAGGGGUCAGGUUGGGGUGUCCGACCCAGCCCGUUAGAAGGUUUACGUUUGGAAAUGCUUGUAAAGUUUAGCUCGUUUAAUUUUAUGUGUACAUGAAUACAAUUACAUUACAUUGCACCAA